AACGCCCUUGCGAUACUUACCUACAUUCUCUCCGAUGGCGGCUACAGUACGGAUAAUAUUAGCAACCAUGAAAUGAAUCGCCCGCGAGACCUCUCAACCCAAAUUCUUGAUGUUUUGCUCGCUUACGGCUGGAAUAUCAACAAACGCUUCAAUAGGGCCGGUCGCCGUAGCGGCCCAUUUCUCUGGGCGGUCCUUGCGAACGAAGACCUAGUUAAGUACUGUCUUGAGCACGGCGCGAGCGUCCAUCCUGAAGGCCAAAGCCCGCUCCAGCCCGACUUUAUUACCCAAGACCAGCUUCGCUGCCCGCCUGUACUAGAGAAAGCGGCCGCUAAAGCGACUGUAGCUACGUUUAAGUUGCUGCAUGCUUAUGGUGCUCCCUUGGGCUGGAGGUGUUUGCACCACGCUGUUCAUGCGGCCACAUUCCCCUGGAUGAGCGGCAGGCCCGGCGGCACGCCAACGCCUGGCACAUCCGAGGAGCAGUAUCCUAAGGCCCAGACGUACGCCGAGCGUAUGGCUAUGGUGUAUUAUCUAGUUGAAGAUCUCGGGCUCGAUGUUAAUGGACCAGACCAGCCGCCCACCCAGAUACGACUGCCUAUGCGCCGUGGCCCACCGCUCUGCUAUGUCUCGGAUUCCGACGUUCUCGAAUACGGCGCGGGCCCAGAGACCUGGGAAGUCCUCGACACGCGCGAGCUGACGUGGUACCUGCUUGACCACGGUGCGGAUCCGCGUCCAGCCCUCGAGAGGCUCCAGGGAGGCAGCCAUCCGACGUUUAUCGCAGACGUGGAGGCGUGG